AUGGACUUCGAAAACGAAAUGAUAGUCCAAGUAAAAGAUGACAGCGAUAGUUUUGAAAUACAAGAAAACAGCUUUUCUUCCUUUUUGGAAGGUAAUUUGGACAGUGAGCAGUCUAUCCAAUAUCCUCUAGAACAUUAUGAAAACGGAGAUACUCAAUUUGAACCAAAUCUGAAGCACUCGGUACCUAUUAAAAAAAUCAGCAGAGAGAAAUUAUUAAAUCGUCGUGGUAUCAAAGACAGAAGUGGAGUGAAGGUAAUUCGACGAAAAGGAAAAGCAGGUAGGCCUCCAGGUAGACCUCCUAAAAAGAUAGAAGGGAACCAGAAAGAACCAGAACUUGUUGUCAAAACUGUUCCAUCCGAAACGGAUCCACCAAGGAAAAAAAGAGGAAGACCUAAGAAAAAUCCUGAUGCCAUCAGUACUGUCAGUACUGUUAAUACAGCUCCUCCCACCGCAACUAAAUUUACUUGUAAGAGUUGUCCUAAAGCCUUUAAAACCAGAAAAGACCUAAAACUGCAUGGCAUGGUUCAUAAAAAUAUUAAAUCGUUUUCAUGUAAGAUUUGUCAGAAGCAGUUUAAAUUUAAACAGCAGAUGAGGGGGCAUUAUAGAUUGCACGAAAACAUGCUUGCUUUCGAGUGUGAUGUAUGUAAUAAGAAAUUUAAACUAAAGCAGCAACUUGACAACCAUAUGAAAAGUCAUAACGAAGCACCAUUCAACUGCAUCUUUUGUGACAAAGCGUUCAAGUUUAAAGAGCAAUUGCUGAUACACUCGUCAGCUCACGAGGACGAGAGACCUUAUAAGUGUGAAACUUGUGAUAAAGCGUUCAAGCUGAAGCAACAAUUGGACUUCCACGAAAGGAUACACAGUGACUUAAAGCCGUAUAUAUGUGAGGUAUGUGACAAGUCGUUUAAGUUCAAACAGCAUCUAGAGUACCAUAGUAAGUCCCAUUCUACCAUUCCUGAGAGCUAUAAGAUCAUAAACACCUGCAAUGAAAACUCUGAGGAAAUAGUACUUAUGGACAUAAGUAGUAUCAAAAGUAAUAGCAUUACGGAGGGGAUUUCGAGUUAA